AUGUAUUUCUCCUUUGAAGAACUAACUAUGUUUAUCUAUGAACAUCAGAUUACCCUCUCACAUUCCUCUAAUUACUUUCCACAAGGUAAUGGACUGGCAGAAUCAAGCAACAAGAACUUGAUAGCAAUUAUGAAGUUGGUUGACGAAAAUGCUCGAAAUUGGAAUAUGAAGGUAUAUGAAGCUUUAUGGGCAGACAUAAUUAUGCCUAAAAGAGCCAUCGGAAUGACACCUAUUGAGCUUGUGUAUGGGAUCGACACAAAACUUUCUUUACCCCUGGAAUUGUUAGCAGCCAAGCUUCAGACAGUAGUGGAGGAUUCUUUUUUUCAGAAUGCUCUAGAGAAGAGGGUUAUGUAUCUAAUGAAGUUGGAGGAGGAAAGAGAGAUGUUGGUGGAUAGAAUUAUGGAGCAUUAG